AUGGUAGUCGUCUGCCUGAUCACAUUGGUGAGUAAUAGUCUAAUCAUUGUCAUGGUUAGAGUUGAUGACCAGCCUCACACCCCUAUGUAUUCUUCCCUACGUAACCUGUUCUUCCUUGAUAUCUGUUUCUCUAUGUAUUUUUCCCUAAGUAACCUGUCCCUCCUUGAUAUCUGUUACUCUAGUAAUUCAGUGCCUUUUUUGUUGUUCAAUGGUUUAAAAGACUACACCACCAUUUCUUAUACUAGCUGUUAUGGUUAGAUGACUAUCGCUAUUUUUCUGGGGAUGACAGAGUGUCUCCUCCUUGAUGUCAUGGCUUAUGAUAGAGUCAUUGCAGUAUCAAAUUCCCUGCAUUACACCAUCAUUAUGAAAAAUCAGGUCUGCGUACAGUUGGCCAUGGUGACCUGGUCCAGUGCCUUUCUUUUGGAAAUAAUACUGAUCACUGUAAUUCCUACCCAUUUUUGUGGAAGCAAUGUCAUCAAUCAUUUUACCUGUGAGGUCCAGGCCCUAUUGAAGCUCACCUGCUCAGACACCUCAGUCAUAGGCAUAUUCACACAGCCCCUACCUUUGACCUUCAUUCUCAUAUCCUAUACUCACAUUGUGGUUCCCAUGCUAAGGAUCUGCUCUGCAGAGGCCAGGCUCAACGCUUUUUCCACCUAUGGAUCCCAUCUGACUGUGGUCACCAUACUUUAUGGAACAGCCAUCUAUAUGUACCUGAAACCUCAAUCAAGGGAGUCCCAGGACCAGGGUAAAGUCAUCUCUGCAUUUUAUGCUAUUGUAACUUCUAUGUUGAACCCCCUCUCUUACACCUUGAGGAACAAAGAUGUGAAAGAUGCCCUAAAGAAAGAAAGAACCCUAAAAAGGACAUGA